AUGUCAACUGAUCAGACCAAUUUUAGCAACAACAUGCUUGAAGAUACUUCAAAGCCUACCAACGACAACAUACUUGAAGACACCUCUAAAGCUAAGAGCGAUAAAGGGCUACGUGGUGCACAUGAAGAUGCAUCCCAGCAGUCACAAAAGGAUGAUCAUGUUCAGGGGGAAGUAGUGGAGGAUAAGCAAGAACUGGAAGCUGAGGGUGAUCAUGAACCAGUGAAAGCUAUUGAUAAUGAAGCAGUAGCGGACGGUGUGGAUGAGGAGCAAGUGAUCCAAUCUGUGGAUAAUGAAGCAGUGGCAAAUGAAGAACCAAUUUCUGAAAACAAGGAGGAGGAUCUUACUAGUCUUAGUGAUGAUCAGGAUCCUGCAACAAUGUUGCCCCAUGACCAACAGCUGCCGGAGGAUCCACAGGUGACAUACGAGGGUGGUGCUGCCAGCGGCACUCCGAAUACUCCCUCACACUCCAGCCCUUCAGUUGAUUCUGCAUUAGCAGGAGGGGCAUCACCUGGAGUGGAUGCACAAGCCGAUCUUGAUCAGUACUACUCACUUAUUAGCUCCGAAAUUCCCUUCAGUUCUUUGCUUGGAAAUGAGUCGAGCAGUUUUGUGCCAAGUGGCAACCACCAUAACCAGCAGUAUUUUCAGCAAAUUCUCUACUCUCAAUUGCCAACCAUGGCACAAGAAAACAACAACAACAACACCCGCACCAAUCCUAGCAUGCUGUUCCCUCUUGAUCAAACCCCAAUCAGAAACCUGGACAGCGGAAGUGGAAGCAGUGCUGCUUUUGGGAGCCAAAAUAUGCACCGUCAUCAGUCAAACACCUCCCAUAUGAUGGUGCAGCCACUAUUGGACAAUGGAAAUACUGCUGCAUUCAUGAGAUCCACUAAUCAGCCUCCAACUAUUUUUGGAGGCGAAGACCUGCAUUUCCAACGCUUUUUCCAAAGCCAGGCUGCUGGAAGCUUUGGAGGCCAGCAGAUUCCACAACUCCACAGCAUCCCUGCUCAGCAACACGGAAUAAUGACCGGAAACUUUGCUGGUGGACAUCCAUACCCAGUGGCAGAAGUGGCGAGGACACCGAGGAUGACAAUGAAUAAUUGGGAAGACAACAUCAACAUGGCUGCACCAACACCAAACCUUCAUGUACCCAAUAGAGCUCAUUGGUCGACGCAAUUAGGUCAAGCCUCCCAAGGCCCGAACUAUGGCAACAGUAUUAUUCCUAAUGCUCCGGCCUCAAAGCCUAUCAAGAACUCGCUUUAUGAUCCGAUGUAUGAAGCCAUGGGAUUGCCAGUGGAUCCACACCUGCGACUUUUUCUUGGGAUGCAGAGGCGCAACAAUGGAACUUUUGGUUUAUCUAUGGUUACAUGCUCUUCUUCUAAUGGAAGAGAGCCUGAUUCUGUGGAUGGUGUGAAGAGCGUGGAGCGGUUGCUUGAAGAGAAAAGGCGAGCUGAGCUGUCUGCUCGGAUUGCCUCAGGAGAAUUCACUGUCGAGAAAAUUGGUUAUCCAUCUCAAUUGAAGAACGGUUUGUCGAAGUUGGGUGUUCCUCGGGAGAUUGUAGAUUUUUUAUUCAGUUGGGCUGAUGCACAUGAUGGCUCUCCCAAAAUUCCAGAGGCAAAAGGAGAAAUUAGAGCCAUUCAAAAUGAGGCCUUUUUCAUCCCACUAUAUGAGCUUUACCUCACCUAUGGUGGAAUUUACAGGCUGACCUUUGGACCAAAGUCCUUUUUGAUCGUUUCUGAUCCUUCCAUUGCCAAACAUAUAUUAAGGGAUAAUUCAAAGGCUUAUUCAAAGGGAAUCUUGGCUGAAAUUCUAGAGUUUGUCAUGGGGAAAGGACUCAUCCCAGCAGACGGUGAAAUAUGGCGUGUUCGACGACGUGCUAUAGUCCCCGCAUUGCAUCAGAAGUAUGUAGCAGCUAUGAUUAAGCUCUUUGGAGAAGCUACAGAGAGGCUUUGCCAAAAGCUAGAUGCUGCUGCAUCUGAUGGGGAAGAUGUAGAGAUGGAGUCACUUUUCUCCCGUUUGACACUGGACAUCAUUGGCAAGGCACUUUUUAAUUAUGAUUUUGAUUCAUUAACAGAUGACACUGGGAUAGUUGAGGCUGUGUACACUGUCCUCAGAGAAGCAGAAGAUCGUAGUGUUGCACCAAUACCAGUAUGGGAGAUCCCAAUAUGGAAAGACAUUUCACCACGACAAAGAAAGGUCGCAACAGCCCUCAAACUAAUCAAUACUACGCUGGAUGAUUUGAUAGCAAUUUGCAAGAGGAUGGUAGACGAAGAAGAGCUACAAUUUCAUGAGGAGUAUAUGAAUGAACAAGAUCCUAGUGUUCUCCAUUUCCUUUUGGCGUCUGGGGAUGAUGUUUCUAGCAAGCAACUCCGUGAUGACUUGAUGACAAAGCUUAUAGCUGGGCAUGAAACAUCAGCUGCAGUUUUAACAUGGACCUUUUAUCUUCUUUCCACGGUAACACAUUUGAGGCCUAGUAAAGCAACUAAUUUCUCACUUUUAUGUUCUUUAGUGCAUAGUAAUAUGGAUCUUCACUUGAGGCUUACACCUCGCCCUGUAACCGGGAAUUUUGGGUAA